UUUCCACCAACAGGUGCUUCUGCUCAGGUAAACGGAUGCAUCAUGCUGGAAAGGAGCCUCUCCUAUUGGCUUUGAAGGCAGCUCAUUAGACUAAUUGGAGCUUCACCACCUGGAGCUGAAACAGCCAAUCAGUAAAGCAUUUGACAGACUCGUUUCUGCUCUUGGAGUCUUCCUUUCUAGAAAGAAAAUCUGUUCUGGAUGUUUUCUUCAUUGCACGUAUGGAAGCAGCCACGUCUACCUUCCAUCAUCCGUACGGUUUGGGCCCUGGCGGUCCACACCCCAACCUUGGAGCUGAGUCUUCUCAGAGACCUCCUGAACCAGCUCCAGGUCCAGGUCCACCUCGUCCUGACGGGCAGCACCACAAACCGUUCUUCUACGUCCAGCCGCCGCAGCCUUACCUUCCCAUGCAGGGUCUGCAGUGGCCUGUCCCCAUGGCCAUGCCGGUGUCCUACAACCCUUACUACGGAUACCCGGGCCUAGGUUUUGGACUGCCGAUGAUGCCCCACUACCAGCCCAGCCCCUACCUAGAUCCACCUGGUUUUGUGGUUCCCCAUACCCACCUUCACCUGAUGGACUACAGGCGGGUGCUGAACCCCCAGUACUACCAGGCCAUGGCCUACCACGCCCGCAGGUUCCGCUACCAGCACAACUCCCCCAGCAGGCACACCACCAGCUCUGAGGUCCAAACUGAACCCCUCGUCUCCGCUCAAAGGACCAGCACCCCGAUGCCCAGUGAGCGCCCCGACAGCGCCGCCCACAGCACCUCCACUGGGCAGCUGCUCUCACCUGUCUCAGAUGUACAGAAGCAGAAUCCUUCCAUGGAGCUCCAGAAGGUUCUCUCUCCAACCCCUCCAAAAGGCAGCUUUGUGAUCCAAACGGAGGAGUUGAGGAUCGAGUGUUGCACCACACCAGUGGGACUACAGCUGCUGCACGAUGCUGCAGACAUGUCCCACAGCUUCCCCCAGGGCAUGGUCCAACACAACUCUCUUGUCCUUCAAGACGAGGGGCUCCACGUCCCCGCAGACCAGUCUGAGCAGGAGCUCCAAGUUUGUCCCGACAUCUUGUUGGUUGGGAAGCCGAGCACCGGGGAGGUCCUUCCGCCGGAGGAACCCAGGAACCAGGUGGUUCCCGUGAACGUCUCCUCCAGUUUAGGAUUUCCAGAGCUGGCCUGUCCUAAAAGUGAGGAUACGGGGGACGUCUCGCCUGAGAACUUUUACCUCAAAGGUGUUCACCUGCCGUUUGAUCCAAAGUAUCUGGAUGAGCUGAGGAAGAUGGAGUCCACCGUCUGGUCAGCAGAGGAAACUUUGAUCUCCUCCCCUGAGCUGCUGAUCCAGAACUGCUUUGCAAAUUCUGAUGAUCUGCUGCUGUCCUCAGAAGUGGUGGAGCCAGAGAUGCUGAUGGAUGAGCCUCCUACCAAAGAGAUAAUCCAUGUGAUCGAGAUGUUUCCUCUUGAAGAGGAUGACCUGCAGGAGAUUGUCUCGACUCUGGAGAGCGAGAUGGUGUCUGAUUCUCCAAAGGCGGAGCUCAUCGGCACAGAAGAGGUGGCGCUGAUGGACCGUUCACCUCCAGAAGCCAAUGGAGACCAACCAAGGCUGGAAACCAACGACCAUCCAGACACCUCGUUUGAGUCCCUCCCUACCUACCUUCCCUCCAGCAGCUGGCUCUCGGACUUUGAUCAUAUCUACCACUCCACCAAGACCCCGCCAGCUCCCAGGAAGCAGAUCAGACCGCAGAGCUGUUGUGGUUCCGAUGGACCAAAGAGGAGAAGGAAGCUAGACACGGAUCACAGGGAACAACCAGCUACUAGAAAGCCGAAGGAGCGGUACAAACCCAAAGGAAAAGUGGAUUGCCUGAGCUUCUCCGACCACGACUGCAGCGUCAGCAGGAACGCCAACGAGAACUCGUUCAGCCCCUAUGCUUCCAAGAAGGAACAGCUCUGUUCCAGAUGUUUGAAACGUCGAGACUGCACCUCGGGUUCAGGGUGUGAUGGUCGAAGCUUGAAAAGAAAAGCCGUUCCCCUCCAGCAGUGGAACCACGCUCUGCUACCAACGUGUGAAGCCUGUAGGUCUCACACCAAGAGGCCGCUGAGAGGAGGUUCCAGUCCAGAUCCACGACGGAACACCGAGGAGGAAUCCUCUGGGAACAGCUCGUGCCACACAUCUCCACAGUGGAGACCCGCUGGCGACUCCGUGAAGUCGAAGGGCAUCGGCAGACGUCCUGCAGCCGGCCGUCCCAAGCUCAGGGAGAAGAACUGCUUCUGUGGUGACUCGCCGCGCCAGUCGGCCGCUUGGGAGAGGCUGCGCCACUGUCCCCAUGGCAACACCAUCCAAGAAGUGGAUGAAAACUGUUCCACGUCCGUUUCCCUUCCGAACAGGCGGCACCGAUGGCAAACAGCGAAGCCAUGGAGCGACGUGAUUCCCAACAUGAUGAACGAAGCCACAUCCCUCCACUCGUUUAAUCACAAGACGACACAACCACAGCCACAAGGAACUCGCACCAAAGACACCAGAUGCUGAUAUUUUUAUUUGCACACGAGCACGAUGCAAAGUGAGAAACAUGGAUUUUAAAUGAUCACGUAUUUUUAAUCACUAUUUAAGCGUGUAUAUAAAUCACAAUGUAAAUAAAUCACAAUGUAAAUAAAUCACAAUGU